CGAGAUUCAUAUUUUGCUCCCUGUGUACUCAAGCAAGCUCCAUCAGAAAGUUUGCUGAAGCUCUGUGACACCAAGAAAGGGGAAUGUCCUUUUUCCACUGAUGAGAAGACCUUUACCAGCAAGUUAUGCUAUACAACAAAAUCAAAGUUUAUUCCAAUGGCCAUUUUCAACAGAUUACUUGCAGAUUGCAUAUCAAGAUGGGAAAUUCACAGAAAAAAGAACCACGAGCGUGGAGAAGAACGCGUAGACAUAUAUUGUGGAUGUGGAAUAUUUAGUCUACAAAACGCUCAUAUUCUUUAUGUACAUUUCCGUGAUAACGUUGUGCAGAUUUGGAUUGUGAGAUGUAGUAAAAAAUCACCAUCAAAAGAAAUAUGUGUCGAAGUUAAAAAGCACAUGGAUGAUUUCUUUGAAAAAGUUUUCAAAAAGUGCGAAGUUGAACGUCACUUCAAAUGCCCGACUGGUCCUUCUCAGAAGGAUGCAAUGUAUCCACAUGAUAAACUUAAAAAGGACAGCUCAGUUUAUUGUGAUUAUCAUGAAUAUGAGUUACCAAGCCUCGACUUGACAGGAUGUUGGUUUUCUGAUGAUAGAAAUGAUGGAGACACAACAGCUGUUAUAGAUUCUGGAACUGCGUCAUCUGGAAGCUCAAUAUUCUCUGGACAACCAUUCAAGAAAGAAUAUGAUGACACACUAAGUCAGUCGAUGGUGUCAGCUAUGAGUGAACAAAUGAAGUCUGUUGGUGUUUUGAUUUUUUGUGGAAAGCCAAUUGGGACGGUCUUCAGAGUUGGUAGUAGAUGUGUAAUGACAGCUCUUCAUGUCAUAAAAAUUGUCUUAGAUCACUCUAAGUCUGGUUCACAUGACAAUACAAGAUUAGAAAGUGAUGAAACGUUUAUAAACUUUAACGAGUCACCAUGUACACCUCCAGGAAUAGCAUAUAAGCUCAGGAAAGAGUUUAUCUUCAACGUUGAUUUAGAUGUAGCUGUGCUUGAAAUAUCAAACCCAACCAACUUACCACAGAAAUUAAAGUUACGCAAGGCUGCAACAUGGGCAACUGAGGUGUCCUUGAUUGGUUACGGUCAUCCUGGUACACCAAACAAACACUUAGAUCCAAAAUGCCAGAUUGUUACUCCGAGUUCAAAGAGAAUACAGUCAGCUCAAGCAUUGUUACAGCAGAACUCCGGCUAUUACAGAUCAGAAUUAGGAAAGAUGGGUCUAGAUCCAGGUCUUGUGGACACAGGAUACAAAGGUUACGACCAUUCGUCGAAAAUUGUAUUUGACUGUUUUAUGGAACAUGGAGGAUCAGGAGCCCCAGCUCUGACAUAUGAAAAUCAGUCGGUUGAAGUUGUUGGAGUUCUAACUCAUGGUUUACCCUUAAUUUACUUCAGUCUACCAGAAAAUAUGAAAUGUCACUUUCCAAAUAACCUUCGUCUUGAAGUUGGUGCGAAAAUGCAGUAUAUAUUUGAAUGGAUAAAAGCUAGCGUGCCUGCUGAUAUAGUUCAGGACUUGUUUGACUGAGGUUUAAUGUGUCUACUAUUUUAGAUGGUGAAAAGUAAAUGGGAAGUAUUAUUGUAGCUGAUUUAUUCUACCAAUUACUUUUUAUACUCCAAUAUAAUCACUGUACACAGUGACCUAGUGGUCAAGGCAUCUCUUACUCUGACUCAGGAGGUACUGGUUCGAAUCCCAUUGGAUCCAUCCCAGACUGACCAGAUGGUGAGCCGCUAAUUGAAGAAAGGUUAAGGUUAUUAAUUGCCUACUUGCCUGAUGCCUGACGUUAAAGGAUUAGAUUUCGGUAGUAAUUAUAUACAAGACGAAAGUGUCUCCAUACUGGCUGUUCCUUUCAAAAGGAGUGACACUGACAUGGCUGUAAUAAACAAUUCUAACACGAUCCGAUUCACUUUCCUAUUAAACAAAGAAGGCUGGAAACAGUGAAUUAUUAAACAACAAUUCAUUGUUCUGACGUCACAACUAUUACGUCAUAGCGUCAAGCGGCGUAGCGGCGCGCUGGAAAAGAACCCGACUGAAAACGGGCAAAUAUUUAAUGCAUGCCGACAAGGGUGUACUUUAAAGUGCUUGAUAACGUGUUAGAAUCGAAAUAAUAUAUCUCAUUUAGUGAUUUGCUCUUGAAUAAAUCACUGUUUGUCGUUCAGAUGCGUAGCAUUAUAUCAUUCAGGCUACGCCCUCGUGAUAUAAUUCCUUCGCAUCUGAACUCCAAACAGUGAUUUAUUCAGCGACAAAUCACCGAUGAGAUAUAUUAUUUCUUAAACAUUACAAAUUGUACAUUUUUAGCUAUUAGUGUAGGUGGAUGAUCUGGCGUUCAUCAUCCUGCAAUAUCCAUAAUUCUGGCACCAAUAAUUUAUUUAUAAUGCCCCCUUUUUACUUUUUACUUAGAAUUGUAUGUCUAUCUUAUUUAUUACUAAAUUGAUUUGAUUCAAAUUCAAAAUAAUUGUUACACAUUAUUAGGCAAAUGAUAUGACACAUGGUGCAUUACACUUGUAGAAACAUUCCAUGAAUUAUGUGGGCAAAGUAUUGCUGCAUUAUAUUGAUUAAUUAUUAAGAACUAAAAUUUUUAUUACUUCAAAAUCAGAUAGAUCUUGUUUUGUUUUGCUGAAAACAUUGCAAAGAUGAUUUAAAAAAUUUAACAAAACAUUUUAAAACUUACGAGUGUUUCAUUCCUGACGACAUAUUUCUAUUUUUGAAGGACUGGUAGCAUUGAUAUUUUCUUUUCAGAAAAAAAAAAUUAUAACGAUUUAAAGCUUGAUCUCAAAGUUUCAAAAUUAUCAGUUUAUGCUGAUGGUUCCAGAUAUAAUUUAAAGAUUCAGUGGGAAUCCUUUUUAUUUUUUAGCUCACCUGAGCCAAAGGCUCAUGGUGAGCAAUUGUGACCGCUCAAUGUCCGUCGUGCGGUGUUCGUCGUGUGUCCGUCAACAUUUUCUAAAAAUCUUCUUGAAAACCACUGGGCAGAAUUACACCAAACUUCACAGGAAUGAUCCUUGGGUGGCCCCCUUUCAAAAUUGUUGAAUUCCAUGCAGAACUCUGGUUGCCAUGGCAACUGAAAGGAAAAACUUUAAAAAUAUUCUUGUCCAAAACCAUAGGGUCUAGGGCUUUGAUAUAUGGUGUGUAGCAUCAUCUAGUGGUCCUCUACCAAAGUUGUUCAAAUUAUCCCCCUAGAGUCAAAUAUGGCCCCGCCCCGGGGGUCACAUGGUUUAUAUAGACUUACAUAGGGAAAACUUUGAAAAUCUUCUUGUACAAAACCACAUAGCCUAGGGCUUUGAUAUUUGGUAUGUAGCAUCAUCUGGUGGUCCUCUACCAAAGCUGUUCAAAUUAUCCCUCUAGGGUCAAAUAUGGCCCCGCCCCGGAGGUCUCAAGUUUUACAUAGACUUAUAUAUGUAAAAAGUUUAAAAAUCUUCUUGUCUGAAAGCACAACAUUUAGACCUUUGAUAUUUGGUUUGUAGCAUUGUCUUAUGGUCCUCAACCAAAAUUGUUAAAAUUGUACCCCUGGGGUGAAAAGAGGCCCUGCCCUGGGGGUCCAAAGUUUUAUAUAGACUUACAUAGGAAAAAAACUUUAAAACUCUUGUCUGAAACCAUACAACCUAUGCUUUUGAUAUUUGGUAUGAUGCAUUGUCUAGUAGUCCUCUACCAAAAUUGUUCAAAUUAUGCCCCUGGGAUUAAAAGAAGCCCCACCCUGGGGUAACUUAGUUACUAUGUGAGUUAUAUAGGAAAAAAUACUUAAAAAAUCAUUUGAUCCUACAUGUAUUUCCAAGACUGUUUAAUAAUAAUUACCUGAUGAUCCCAAGUAAUAUGAUGUCACUUGACUUUGACCUUGACCUACUGACCUACUUCCUUGUUUUUUAACAUACAGCCUUGAAAUUUGAUGACAUACACAGUUUUGCACACCAAUCGUAAAACUGAAUAUCAUUGAUCAUGAAUGUGACCUACUGACUUUCUUAAUAUUUUAUCAUCAGUUUGAUCUUUGAAACAUGUGGCUCAUAUUACUCAGGUGAGCGAUCCAGGGUCAUCAUCACCCUCUUGUUUGUUUAUCUUUUGGUUUAAAAUCUCUGCCAGCUGAUACUUACACCUUUCAGUUGUAUGCUCAGUUUUAAGUCAGUAGACAUUAUUAGAAAUUACUUAAGUGGUGUUAGAACAAUGCAUUUUUGAUAUGUGUUUCACUAGAUAACUGUAAUCAGUUCCUGAUCAAUUUGGCUCCAAAAGUUUAACUAGGUUAAAACAACAUUCCAUUAAACAGGCUGAAGCAAAUACACCAGUCAUUCUCAGCAGAAUUUUACUUUUAUGCCCCCGAAGGUAGGCAUAUUAAAAUCACACUGUCCGUCCGUGCGUCCGUCCGUGUAAAUUCUUUUCCAGGCUGUAACUCUGCCAGCCGUAAAAUGAUUUUGAAAUAACUUUGCAUAAAUGUUCACCAUAAUGAGACGACGUGUCAUGCGCAAGAUCAAGACAUCUAACUCUAAGAUAAAAGGCCGAUUAGAGGUUGAAGGUUAACUUGGUCUGUUUCGUGUCCGAUCCAUAACUCUGCCAUCUAUGAAGGGAGUUUGAAAUAACUUUGCAUAAAUGUUUACCACAAUGAGAAAAAAUGUCAGGCGCGACACCGAGACCCCUAGCUCCAAGGUUAAUGUCACUCUUAGACGUCAAAGGUAAGAAGGGUCUGUUUCGUGUCCGGUUCAUAACUGCAUUCAUCGGGAGAUUUUAAAAUGACUCAGCAUAAAUGUUCCCCGUUAUAAGACGACGUGUCAUGCGCAAGAUCUAGACCUCUAGCUCUAAGAUCAAGGUCACACUUAGAGGCUGAAGGUUAACAUGGUCUAUUUUUGUCCGGUCCUUAACUCUACGAUCCAUUAAGAGAUUUUAAAACUACUUGGCAUAAUGUUCCCCAUAAUGAGUGACGUGUGCUAUGCAAAGCCUAGACGCCUAGCUUUAAGGUCAAGGUCACACUAAGUAGUCAAAUGUUAACAUGGUCUGUUUCUUGUCUGGACCAUAACUCCGCCAUUUAUCGAGAGAUUUGAAAAUAAUUUGACACAAAGGUUGACCAUAUUUGGAAGAUGUGUCGCGCUUAUGACCCGGGUCUCUUAGUUCAAGGUCAAGGUCACAAAAUGAUUCAUACCUAAACUACUCUGGCAUACUUUGCGCAGGGAACUGUAGCAUUCUUGGGCACGCUUCGGGACAUUUGUCACUAAUAGUGACAACUCUUGAUUAGAUAUGUCUAAUACAGAAUAUGUUGGGGGGUUGUGUUUGGUCUUUUUUCCUUUUUCCUAGUGGCUAGAAAGUCAAAUUUAGUUCCUAAUUCUUAAAGAUGAUAAUAAUUCUGACCGGUGAUUUCCUAUUAAGGAGUUACGUGAUUCCUUACGUGUGAGUUUAAGAUGGUCAAAGAUUGUUCAGUUCGGAGACAAGGAAAACUUCCUUAUUAAGGUUACAUUCUUCGUGCUUUUGUCCAGUUUCAUGCUUGAUUUAAUUCCUACUUCAAGGUUGGGUCAAGCUUUAUUUUUAUUUGAGUGACAAGAAAGUAGUCAAUUAUGUUUUGUUAAUAAAUGAAGUCUAGGCUAGGCUCUAUGCAAUGAUUCUUUGUUAUUCUCAUCACUUUCCUUUCGUAGAGAGGCUUUGUCACUUUUGCAUUCAGGUCAAACGUUGCAGCCGACGAAAUCAAAAUAUUAGGUGAUUGGCAUUCAGACGUUUAUAAACGAUACAUUUCUCUAUCUGCACAAAAUAAACUUUUUUAUUUUCAUAUAAUUAAAAUUCUUUUUAUAUGUAUCUAUUGUUUUCUUCAGCUUCUCGCAUUAAUCAUCUCAGGAAUCCAAAAUUGAAGUGAUAUGUUUAAUUCUCUCCGACUCUAUGGCAAAACGCAAAACAUAUUACCGACAUUCGGGAAAUAGAUAUUCGGCCCUUUCCAGAGACAUUUGACAUCAACAAUUAUGAAAGGUUCUAUAAAUUUGAAUUAUUCAUGUUGGUACCAAUGAUGUCAACAGUUAUUCCGCUGGUGAGAUUUCAUCUUUGCUUAUCAAUCUGAUAACAGCUGUUAUGACUUUUACUGAUAGUUCUGUUACAAUCUUUUUGUCUUCUUUCUUUCCUAGUCAUGUUGACUUUUUAUACGCCCGAAGGGACGUAUUAUGUUAUUACGCUGGUGUCCGUCUGUCUGUCCGUUAGCAAUUUCGUGUCCGCUCUGUAACUCUUGAACCCCUUGAAGGAUUUCAAGGAAACUUUACACAAAUGUUCACCACACCGAGACGAUGUGCAGAGCGCAUGUUUUGGAUGUCUCGCUUCAAGGUCAAGGUCACACUUAGUAGUCAAAGGUCAUAUCAGUUUGUUUCGUGUCCGCUCUGUAACUCUUGAACCCCUUGAAGAAUUUCAAAGAAACUUGACACAAAUGUUCACCACACCAAGACAACGUGCAGAGCGCAUGUUCCAGAUGACUUGCUUCAAGGUCAAGGUCACACUUAGGGGUCAAACGUAAUAUCAGUUUGUUUCGUGUCCGCUCUGUAACUCUUGAACUGCUGGAAGGAUUUCAAAGAAACUUGGCAGAAAUGUUCACCACAUUGUAACGAUGUGCAGAGAGCAUGUUCCGUAUGACUCGCUUCAAAGUCAAGGUCACACUUAAGGGUCAAAGGUCAUAUAUGACUUUGCUUUGUGUAUAUUGCUCUGCAUUGCAGUGCUCUUGUUUUUAUUUGGCAGAUCUCUUUUUUGUACUUACAAUAAAUUUUUUUUUGAAUUACUUCCCUUUUAUGUUACUAUAAAUAGCUUUUUUUGAAACUUUUUUAUUAUUGGCCGUAGGGAAAAACCGAGACCACUUUUCUGUGGUACAACAUGGGUGGUACCUCCAUUUUUAGGUGUAUUUUUACAUACCUGUACCUGAUAAGGAUUUUUUUGUAGACUUUGAAUAUUUUAUUUGUGGACUUAGAUUUGUUUUUUGAAGUUUUCCUUUUGUUGUUCCAGUCCUUUGGAACUACAACAGUCAAGUUCUUAAAAUUUUGCUCCCAUCAUAGGAUGUAAGCCUUCGGGCAUAUAUUGCCCCGCUUGGCGGCGCUCUUGUUAGCUCACCUGAGUAUUUCUGACCACUCGAUGUCCGGCGUCUGUCGUCUGUCUGUCUGUCUGUCUGUCAACAUUUAGCUUGUGUAUGCGAUAGAGGCUGUAUUUUUCAACUGAUAUUCAUGAAAUUUGGUCAGAAUGAUAACCUUGAUGAAAUCUAGGCCGCCCAGUUCGAAAAUGGGUCAUCUGUGGUCAAAAACUAGAUCACUACGUCAAAUCAAAGAAAAAUCUUGUGUAUGCGAUAGAGGCUAUAUUUUUCAAUUAGUCUUCAUGAAUUUUGGUCAGAAUGAUUAUCUUGAUGAAAUCUAGGCCGAGUUCGAAAAUGGAUCAUCUUGGAUCAAAAACUAGGUCACUAGGUCAAAUCAAAUAAAAACCUUGUGUAUGCGAUAGAGACUAUAUUUUUAUGCCCCCGAAGGGAGGCAUAUAGUUUUUGAACCGUCUGUCGGUCUGUCAGUCUGUCGGUCUGUCCGCAAUUUUCGUGUCCGGUCCAUAUCUUUGUCAUCGAUGGAUGGAUUUUCAAAUAACUUGGCAUGAAUGUGUACCACAGUAAGACGACGUGCAGUGCGCAAGACCCAGGUCCGUAGCUCAAAGGUCUAGGUCACACUUAGACGUUAAAGGAUAGUGCAUUGAUGGGCAUGUCCGGUCCAUAUCUUUGUCAUCGAUGGAUGGAUUUUCGAAUAACUUGGCAUGAAUGUGUACCACAGUAAGACGACGUGCAGUGCGCAAGACCCAGGUCCGUAGCUCAAAGGUCAAGGUCACACUUAGACGUUAAAGGAUAGUGCAUUGAUGGGCAUGUCCGGUCCAUAUCUUUGUCAUCGAUGGAUGGAUUUUCAAAUAACUUUGCAUGAAUGUGUACCACAGUAAGACGACGUGCAGUGCGCAAGACCCAGGUCCGUAGCUUAAAGGUCAAGGUCACACUUAGACGUUAAAGGAUAGUGCAUUGAUGGGCGUGUCCGGUCCAUAUCUUUGUCAUCGAUGGAUGGAUUUUCAAAUAACUUGGCAUGAAUUUGUACCACAGUAAGACAUGUCACACGCAAGACCCAGGUCCGUAGCUCAAAGGUCAAGGUCACACUUAGACGUUAAAGAUCAUUUUUCAUGAUAGUGCAUUGAUGGGCAUGUCCGGUCCAUAUCUUUGUCAUUCAUGCAUGGAUUUUAAAAUAACUAUGCAUGAAUGUGUGACACAGUAAGACGAUGUGUCGCGCGCAAGACCCAGCUCCGUAGGUCAAAGGUCCUAAACUCUAACAUCGGCCAUAACUAUUCAUUCAAAGUGCCAUCGGGGGCAUGUGUCAUCCUACGGAGACAGCUCUUGUUCAAUUAAUCUUCAUGAAUUUUGGUCAGAAUGAUUACCUUGAUGAAAUCUAGGCCGAAUUCGAAAACGGGUCAUCUGGGGUAAAAAAUCUAGGUCACUAGGUCAAAUCAAAGAAAAACCUUGUGUAUGCGAUAGAGGCUGUAUUUUUCAAUUAAUCUUCAUGAAUUUUGGUCAGGAUGAUUGCCUUGAUAAAAUCUAGGUCAAGUUUGAAUAUGGGUCAUCUGGGGUCAAAAAGUAGGUCACUAGGUCAAAUCAAAGGAAAAGCUUGUAUAUGCGAUAGAGGCUGUAUUUUUCAAUUAAUCUUCAUGAAAUUUGGUCAGGAUGAUUGCCUUGAUAAAAUCUAGGUCAAGUUUGAAUAUGGGUCAUCUGGGGUCAAAAAGUAGGUCACUAGGUCAAAUAAAAAAAAACCUUGUGUAUGCGAUAGAGGCUGUAUUUUUCAGUUGAUCUUCAUGAAAUUUGGUCAGAAUGAUUGCCUUGAUAAAAUCUACGUUAAAUUUGAUUAAGGGUCAUCUUGGAUGAAAAAGUAGGUCACUAUUUCAAAUCAAAGAAAACCCUUCUGUAUGCAAUGAGGCUGUAUUUUUCAAUUGAUCUUCAUGAAAUUUGGUCAGAAUGAUUGCCUUGAUGAAAUCUAUGUCAGGUUAGAAUAUAGGUGAUCUGGGUCAAAAAGUAGGUCACUAGGUCAAAUCAAAGAAAAACCUUGUGUAUGCGAUAGAGGCUAAAUUUGUUCAACUGAUUUCAUGAAAUUUUGUCAGAAUGGUUGCCUUGAUGAAAUCUAGGUCAAGUUCGAAUAUGGGUAGUCUGGGGUCAAAAACAAGGUCACUAGGUCAAAUCAAAGAAAAACCUUGUCUAUGCGAUAGAGGCUGUAUUUUUCAAUUGAUCUUCAUAAAAUUUGGUCAGAAUGAUAGCCUUGGUGAAAUCUAGGUCGAUUUCGAAUAUGGGUCAUCUGGGGUCAAAAACUAGGUCACUAGGUGAAAUCAAAGAAAAUACUUAUUUACACUCAAGAUUUUUGCUCCGAUUUUAAUGAUAAUUGGUCAGAAUAUUUUUUUCCAGGAAAGCACUUGGUCAAACAUGUUUACACUGUUAUGGUGUGUUUCUCAGGUGAGCGGCCUAGGGCCAUCUUGGCUCUCUUGUCUGAAACAGGGUCCAAAGUUAAAGAAAUCAACUUGUCUCUCGAACACAUUUGUAAAGACAGAAAAAUAAAAUUUCUAAAGUUAUUCCGACCUUUCCUAAAAGCUAACUUUUAAAAGUAGUAAAAAUUGUAGCUCAGUAGGUAAGAGCGUUGGUCUACGGAUCGCGGGGUCGUGAGUUCGAUCCUCGGGCGGGGCGUAUGUUCUCCGUGACUAUUUGAUAAACGACAUUGUGUCUGAAAUCAUUAGUCCUCCACCUCUGAUUCAUGUGGGGAAGUUGGCAGUUACUUGCGGAGAACAGGUUUGUACUAGUACAGAAUCCAGGAACACUGGUUAGGUUAACUGCCCGCCGUUACAUGACUGAAAUACUGUUGAAAAACGGCGUUAAACCCAAAACAAACAAACAAACUAUAAGAAAUGGUAUGUGACGUUUCGCUAGAGAAAAAAGGACAAGCGUCCUUACAUAGUUGACUAAUAAUGUGUGUUUUUCAUUCAAUAAAAAAAUUGAUUUAAUGUUGAAUUUGGACAGUGUACCUCGCUUUGAAAAACAAAAUUAUCAAAAGAAGUUUUAUUAUUCAUAAAGUAGUUUUGCUUUACUUUGGAAUAUGGUUUCUAGAAGAUAAGGGUAUUUAACUUGUCUAUAGAAAAAGACAGUGGUAGUUAUUCCGAUGAUUUGUAUGCACUUAAUAUAUAGUAUAUUGAUUUUUAUUGAGUGGUAAAUAUCAUGUAAUGUAUUACCGUUCAGGCAUAGUUAUGUUACUCUCUGAAAAUAAUUUAUCGGAGGUAUACAUUUAACUACAAAGUAAUAAGUUACACAUUGAGUUAAAUUUUUUAAAGGAAAUUGUAUUUAAAAUUUCCCUGAAAAUAUAAUCAUCAAGAAAGACUUGAAAACAUUAUAGUAUAAUGUAAUGUUUUAUAAUAUCAAAUUUAUAGAUUAUGAUAUCCUUCUUUAAUUCCCAAGGAGUUAUAUAUUGUUGAUGUGAAAUAAUGUUGUUGUUAAAUGUAUAAGUUUGUGUGAUGUUUUUGUGUAAUGCUCGGCCUUUUGGUUGGCGUUUUUGUAAAUAUUUAUAAUGAUUACGGUCAUUUCAUAGUUUAUUACUACUACUACUACAUGGUCACUUAGAAAUCUGUAGUAAUGACUGAAUUCUAAUUAUUGAUAAUUGAGUAGUUAGUAUAAUAUUAAACAUCUUUUAAAUCGUGAUCAAUAUUGAAAACCUAUUAAAUAUUUAUUAUUAAAAAAAUGUCUUAUGUCUUCUUAAUAUAUAUAUAAGUUUAAGAAACUAGGUGAGCAUUUAUUUACUAGGCGAUUUUAUUGCUGCAUUAAAAUCGAUUAAUUACUGAGAACUUGAAUUUUAUAUCAUUUCAAAAUCAAGUAGAUCUUGUUUUGUUUUGCUAAGACUCCCUGAUUGGCAAACAGUUCUAUUUAGUUUAAAUGUAUUGGUUUUUAGGUAUUAGAAUUUGAUAGGUUUAUUGUUGUAUAACCAAUUUCAUUUCAGUCAUUUUUCUUCAUUCUGUAUUUUUAGGUUGGUCAGAUCACGUAAAAAUUUUAAACCCUUAGUGAAAUUGCUUGAGGAACACGUGAGUUAUGGCCCUUAGUCCUUAUAUAAUAGUUCCUAUAUAGGGUAUUUCUUUGCAAAUGUCAUUCUAAGGUUCAGUCUUGCUAUGGGCUAUUUUGAUUUAGUACAAUUUUAGCUAUCUUUGAGACAGUAUGCGUUCUGGCCCAGUGUUCACAAAACAUUUUCAGUCUCAGCUGAGUUUGAUAAUGAAACUUUAUUUGUCAUUUAUAUCUACAUAUCAUGUUUAAAACUAAACUUUAAGUUAACAACUAUUUUCAAGUGACUAUUCAGUAUUGAUGAUCAGCCUCAAUUGGAAUUUAACCUUAAAGUUUUAGUUAAAUUAAUAUUAAAAUUUCGAACUCAAACUCAGCCGAGACCGAAAAAUGUUUUGUGAACACGGGGCCUGGUCACAGGGGUCCAAGUCAGGUUCACUAUUACUAAAAAAACCCAUAGAAAAUGGUUUUUGCUCAAUAGCUUCAAUAAGAAAUAAAGUAUUGUGACGACAAAACUUGGAGUUUAUGAAGCUGGUAUGGAGGCCAUGGAUUUUUGCUCACCUUAGCACGAAGAGCUCUGGGUGAGCUAUUGUGAUCGCUCACUGUCCGUUGUCUGUUCGUCCGUCCGUCCACAUUAUUCUUCAUGUAACAUCUCCUCUGCAUUUACUGGUCAGAAUUGCACCACACUUGGUCAGUGGCAUCCUGGCACAGUCCUCUAUCAAGUUUGUUGAAAUAAAUCAGCUUUGCCACUUUUAGUGGUUGCAAGAGCUAGAAAGAGAAAAUUUUAAAUGAUUUCUUCUCAUGAACGGCUUGAUGGAUCUUCAUCAAACUUGGUCUGUAACAUCAUUAUAAGAUCAUCAAAAAUGUUUUCACAUUAGAGCGCUUGGCCCCUGUAAAGGGCUUUUACAGCUGAAAUAGAAAUACUUUUAAGUGACCUUCUCAUGUACCGCUUGAUGGGUCUUCGUCAAACUUGGUCUGUAUCAUCAUUGUAAGGCGCUUGGACUCUUUGAGAGGCCGCUAGAGCUCAAAAUAGAAAUACCUUCAAAUGACCUUUUCUCAUGAAGAGUUUGAUGGAUCUUCACCAAACUUUGUUUGUAACAUCGUUAUAAGUUCUUCCCCAGAUGUUUUUCAAAUUGGUGAGCUUGGUCCAUUUUGGGGGGCCGCUAGAGCUGAAAAUGAAAAUACUUUUCCAAAUUAUUUCAAAUUGGGGCACCCGUCCCUUUUAGGGUCCGCUAGAGUUUCACAUAGAAAUACCUUUCAACGACUUUUUCUCAUGAACUGCGUGACGAAUCUUCAUCAAACUUUGUAUGUAGCAUUAUUAUAAUGUCCUCUCCUGAUUUUGUUCAAACAGGUGCGAAUGGUCCCUUUUAAAGUCGGCAGAUUCUGAAAAUAAAAAUGCCUUUAAACAACUUCUCAUGAACUGCGUGAUGGAUCUUCAUUAAACUUGGUCUGUUGCUUCAUUGUAAGGUCUGCUCCUGCAUUUGUUCAAACGGACACCCGGCCCCUUUUAGUGGCCGCUUGAGCUAAAAAAAGCAAAUACCUGUUCCAGUGAUCUGCUUGUUUUUUCACCCAAUUGUAAAGACCUAAGAAGCAUAUACUGUUUGAACGGCUUGUCAUCUGUCACACUAAUUUAUUUAAUCAACUUCUAUUGCCUCUGGAACUUUCAACACCUGCAGCAUAUUAUGGACCUCUUUCAAAGUUGCACAUUUUCUAGUCUGUUAAUAUCUGAAACUCAGGUGAGCGAUCUUGGGUCAUCAUGGCCGUUUUGUAGUUUUAUCAGUAAAUGCUUUUAUUCUAAAUCAUUCGAGUACAAUCUUGUCCUACCCCUAAAUUGCAGGACAACGCAUCACGUAUAUUAUUUUAUUUAUUUUAUUGGGUUUAACGUCGCACCGACACAAUUAUAGGUCACAUGGCGACUUUCCAGCUUUGAUGGUGGAGGAAGAACCCAGGCGCCCCUCCGUGCAUUAUUUCAUCACGAGCGGGCACCUGGGUAGAACCACCGACCUUCCGUAAAUAUCUAAAUUGAUGAACUUAAAUAAGAUUAAAUAUACAUUUUCAAUGAUGUAAAUUUCUAUAAAACAACGUAUUAAGUCCAUGUUUCAUUUAAAAUGCAUUAAACUAAGGUUGUCCCAAUAAAUCGUAGACACUUGGAAUAAGUCAUUUUAUAGAGGAUUUUACAUUCGGUUCUUAAUUACGGAUGUAAACAUUUGAGAAUUUGCACUUUAGGGCACUUGUAGGACACAGAUUGUAAACUAUCACAUCAUGUAUCUCCCGAUCAUUUUGGUCAAUAUCAGUCUGUAUUAUACGAGGGGUGUUCAAUUAAUACCCGGAAAAAAUGCUAUCAUUUCUUAAUGUAUCAUCAAAAAUGAAUGAAACUGCUAUAUAAUGUAGCUAAGGGAAUACGUAGUUGAUACGUCAAAAUUACUUUUCUUUGGAUAAAUAACUUAUAAAUAAGUAAAUGCUAGUCCCCAUGGCAAAGUUAUUUGACGUCAUCCGGCCCAAUUUCGUCUACUUUUCUAUUUUACAUGCGCUUAAACAUUCCUUACUUAUAUUUCGAGCUACAUUUUCUUAAGUUGGGUGAAAACCAAUGUGAAGUAAUAACGUCAACUUAUAAAUGAGACAUCAUCAAAAUGUUUGGCAGACAUUUUGUGUUGGUCAUCACUUGAAAAGCGGUGUUGAACGGAGACAUGAGAUAAAAUUUUGUGUUUUGAAUCAAAACUGAAGGAAAACAGACAAAUGCAAUGAUGUAGAAGGUUUAAGAGGCAAUGUCCUGAAGGAAACAACAUAUUAUUUCUGGAACGGGACGUUUAAAAGCGACCAGGCGAAUAUUGCUUACGACUCGUGGUACAUACAUGAAAAAUAACGUUUAGUCGAGUUUUAUAAGUUAAAGAGCUCCUUGAUGCAGAAUCACAGUUAAGUGUCCCAUUUCAUCAAAUCGGCAGGAAUAUCAUAUGAACACAAUCCAUUUAUUCGUAGGAAAUUGUACAAAAUGCAUUUCAUGGUGAUAAACAUUGAACCAAUGGUAAUAACGAGUUGUAUUGAUUAAUUGUGUGUGAUAUGACAAGGUCAUAAUGUUAUCGGACCGUUUUUGAUGUAGUGACGUUGCCUAGGAGAUGAUAAAUAAUUAAUGUGCAUGUUCUAAAAGCUGUAAUUUAAACGUUCGCAUUUAAUAUGUUCGUAUCUGUCAUAUUUUCAAAUUUUAGCAAAGUGGGACCAUACAUAAAGAUAUUAGAGCACUUUUCCGGGUAUUUAUGAACACCCCUCGUAAUAAAUUACUAGUGCAAGACAAAGAAAAAUAUAAUGUUAAACAACUACCUUGCUCAGAAUAAGAAACUUCGACUAAUGUAGGGAUAACGCAUGUUUUUUCGUGUUAUAACAUCUUCAGAAUCCCUCGGGAAUCGUUGGUACCCUCGCCGGGCUCGGGUACCAACGAUUCCCGAGGGAUUCUGAAGAUGUUAUAACACGAAAAGAAUAUGCGCUAACGCUAUUCUAGCAUAAAACGCGUAAAAUACCAAGUAAAUGGAUAUAUUGUCCCUCAACGUCAUUAAAUUUCCAUGAAAUGCGCGGUAAAGUUUACGUUGUUAUCAUGUUGACGUCAUUUCCUUUUGAAUUAUCCGUUUUGGGGCCGUAAUGCGUUUACGCUUUGCCACGGAACGCGCAUAUAUAAAAAGGUGUUAUAACAGCACGUGAGCGCGAGAAUCUCUCUGUUAACACACGUUUUCUCUCCCGUUAAAACACCCCCGAAAAGUGACAAUAACAGCAGUUUUAUGCUAGAAUGCGCAUUAUAAAUGAUAAUAAUUGAUUUAAUGAACAGGAUGUAAACUAUUUAUCAGCCAAAUUGAUCUUUCAUUUGCACAGAUAUAGGUUGAAGAAAAAUGGGAAACUGAUAUUAACCAUCAAAAUAAAGCUAAUAUUUUUUUGGACAUUUCAUAACAUGAUUUGUUUUGUGAGAGGAUCUAGCCUGAGAUAUAAGAAAUGAUUAAUGGCAUAUCUGUCUUUAAUCAAGGCACCCUGUACAACAUAUUGUAUGAUCAAAAUCUUUUUUAUUUUUGCAAUAAAAUUCGUAAUUUUGA